GUUAAGCUCUUUGCAAUACAUUUCACUGGAGGCGUUGUAGUCGAUUUAGUGGUGUUUUUGUCAGGUUCCGCCUAUAAACAAACGGAGAUAAUUUUGCGAAUUGCUCUCGAAACCCUGCAAAAAUGUCUCGAUCUGUGCGUGCUGAGACAAGAAGCCGAGCUAAGGAUGACAUCAAGCGAGUGAUGCACGCUGUGGACAAAGUCAGACACUGGGAAAAGAAAUGGGUCACAAUUGGCGAGACUACAAUGAAGAUUUUCAAAUGGGUGCCCAUUUCCAACAGUGAGCAGAAGAAGAAAAUCUCCAAGUUGGAGAACAAGGAGAAUCUCAAGGCGAUGGAGCAUCGAGGCACUUUCGGCGAGGACUCCAACACUUGCUUUUCAAUGGUCAGCGAUUCGCAGGAGUUCGUGUCCAGCAUGCCAUUCUCCGAAGACUCAAAUUCCCAGGGUAGCGAAGAAAAUCCUACGCCCACACACAAGCGGCUGAAAACGGAAUGACGCCCGUAAAGUGGAGAUGAAUCCCGGUCACGUCCGGUUAAUGCUUUCCGCAUACAUUUCCUCUGCAGCGUGCCAAGUGGGCAAACUUUUGCCUAUGGCACAGUUUGCAUGAGAUUUUCAGAAUAUUUCUGUAUUUUACGUUACUGUAAGAUGAGAUUCUAGACGGUAUAUGAAGUGAAAUAAAUUAUUAAG